AUGAUUCAAUAUCUCGUUCUAAUUUUUUUCUUUCAUUUAUGUCAAAGUACAACUAAUGCUCCAGUACUUAUUGAACAGCCACAAGAUAUGAUCGCAGAAUUAAAUAAACCGAUGGCUAUACAUUGCCGAACCGAGUCAUCAUCAUUAGAUGAUCUUCAUAUUGAUUGGUAUAAAGAUGGUCGAUUAGUAACAACUGAUCCUAAUGCGCGUAUUAUUACAGAAUUCAUGGCAUUACAUAUUAUUAAUACAAUGCCACAAGAUGCAGGCAUUUAUUAUUGCAUAGCGAAAAAUUCUCAUGGACAAACUCAAAGUCGAAAAGCACGAAUACAAUUUUUGAAACUUGAUAAAGAAUUUCUUAUUUCGCCAACAUCAGCAAGUGUUUCAAUUGGCGAAAUGGUUCGUUUACGUUGUCAACCACCGCAUGGUUCACCAAUCCCAACAGUUUAUUGGACAAAGGACGGACAGAAUCUUUCGGUUUCACUUGAUCAUUACGAUCUUGUUCUACCAUUAAUUCAACAGUCAGAUUUUGGUUCUUAUCGUUGUCUAGCAUUCAAUGGUCUUCUACGUCAAUCGUCGACAGCUCAUUUAACUGAAUUUCAUCGACCAAAAAUUACUAUUCAACCCUCAUCAUUAACAUCACGUAUGGAUUUACGUCGUGGACAAUCGAUUGAUUUGCAAUGUCAUAUUGAUAAUGAUCAAUACAAAGUUGAAUGGCAUUUUGGAAAUAAAAUUAUUCGAAAUAAUCAUAUUCAUAUGCCAUCGAUUGAAUUUAAUCAAAGUGGAAUUUAUAAAUGUGUGGGUCGGUUUGAAAAAUAUAAAUUUCAUGAAGAAAUUCUACUUGCUGUUUACGAUAGUAAAAUUUCAAAUAAUGAAGAAAUAAUUUUUAGUCAAUCAACUCAAACAGUGUUUCUUGGACGUUCAGCUAUGAUUGAUUGUUCGCUUCCGUUAAAUAUAGGAAAUAAACUCAUGUGGUCAUUGGUUAAUCGUUCUGAAAUCGAUAAUGUUAAAUUUGAUUAUGAUGCUACUAAUCAAUAUCGUUUAAAAUUUGAUCGUAUUAAAGAAUUUCAUCAUAAUCUUAUAUUUGAAUGUUAUUAUGAAAAGAAAGAUAUUAAAAAUCAAGGUUUAAUUAAAUUAAAUGUUGAACGAAUUGAACCACCACCAAUUGUUUCCUAUGUGCCAAACAAUCAAACAGUACCGAUUGGUGUUGAAGCAACAUUUUCAUGUCAAUCAGAAGAUGAUAUUAAUAUUCAAUGGUGGUUUACACCUUAUUAUCGACCUUAUAAAACAAUUAAAAUUAAUAAUAAUCAAAAAUAUCGUAUUGAAAAAAAUCAUAAUUUAAUUAUUCGAAGUGCAGAAAAAAGCGAUGCUGGUAUAUACAAAUGUAUAUCAAUUAAUAACAACAAUGAUGAAACAACAUGGAUAGGUCAUUUACAUGUUGACGAUGCUCGUUCAAAUGUAAAAUUUCAUCGUGUUGAACGUAAAGAUCUUCCGCCAGCUCCGUCACAACCAAUAGCCAUAGCAAUAAAUAGUCGUUCAAUAGAAUUAGUUUGGAAUAUUCAAUCUGUUGACCUGAUUGAUUAUCUUAUAGAAUAUUAUGAUCUUGACGCUGAUCAAAAAAAUAAUCUUGAAUGGAAACGUUUAAUAGUAAAGAAUAAAAAUUCUCGGCAAAUUAUAAAUGAUUUGAAAUCAGAUUCAAUCUAUCAAUUUAUGAUUCGUGCAAGAAACUCAUUUGGUUAUGGUCCACCAUCGAUACUAUCGGAAUUAAUUGAAACAAAAAAUAAUCAACAAUCAAUGGACGAACUUAUUUAUCUUUAUGAUCCAAUAGCUAUUCAAGAAACAAGUUUAACAAUUAAAUGGAAUAUUUUACAAAAAAAUUCUUUAAUUAACAAAAUUUCUAUUUAUAUAAUUAAUAAAAAGGAAAGUCAUGAACGUAUUGAAACAGUAACAAACUCGUUAACAACAUAUACCAUUAAUAAUCUUCGUCCGGACACAGAUUAUGCAAUUCAUUUAGUACCCAUGCUAGAUAGCAUAGGUCGUGCAAGUAAUCAAAUAUCUAUUCGAACAUUAGAAAGUACUCCAUCGUCAUCACCAACGAAUGUUCUCGUUCAACUAAUAUCUACAACUGUACUUUCAAUUCGCUGGAGUUCACCUCUAGAAAAUGAAACCAAUGGACAAAUCAUUGCCUAUAAAGUGAAUUGUCUAGGUUCCAAUGAAACAACUUCAAUACGUUUAACAAAUAUUAGUUCAGAUGCAAAAGGAUUACAUAUUAGAAGCCUUAUUGAAAAUAUGGAAUAUUGCAUCAGCAUUGCAGCACGUACACGGAUGGGUUAUGGUCCUUAUUCACGACCGAUGUGUGUCAUAAUGAACGAGAAAUUUUUACAAAUAAAUCAAAAUCAAUUGAAAUAUCGUCUACGUGAAGUUAUAUCCCAGCCAUGGUUUCUAUCAAUCAUUAUUCUAUCAAGUAUUCUUGUUACGUGUGCUUUCGCUUAUUUUAUUUGGUUAUGUUUUCAUAAUAUAAAUGGGCAACAUCGAUCUCGUAUUAAGUUUCAUAGUUCAGCUUCAUCAUUAAACCAAUCAGUUGAAUUACCUAUUCAGAAAACAUUGAGUAAUGGAAAACGCUAUGACUUAAUUAAAGAUAUUUCGACAACAUUACCAUCGUCAUCGACAGCGUUAUGGAUGAAUUCCAUACCCAAUGGUAUGCGUCUUCAAUGUUGUACAACAGCGACGACAACAUCAGCAAGCAGCAACAGUGAACAUCAUUCAAUGAAUAUACAGAAAAAUCCAAUUAAUGCGCUUUUACAUGAAUGUCGACAACAGCAACCACAAUCGCAACAACUGAACCCCUAUGCGACAACAGGUAUAUUUCAACAAUCAACAUCGUCGGCUUUACCAUCUUAUUCAGAAACAGUUCAUUCACCACCAUCAUCGCAUCAUCUAUUAUCUGAUCAACCACAGAUAACAUCAACUUCUUCACCUACAGUACAAUAUCAGCCGCCAUGGCUUGAUCAUCAUCCAUCGUCAACAUUGCAAUAUAAUUCACAAAGUCGUACAUCAUACAAUCAAUACCAUUGUAAGCAUUGCACAUCGCAAUCGAAUCCUCAUACACCAUCCGCCACACGUCCAAUCGUACAACCAUCUUUAUCUCAUCUUCAAAAUAAUAAUAAUAAUCCAACGACAAAGACUCCAACUGUAAAUACAAGUGAAACCAAUAAGACUACAAUGGAUAGUAUGCAACAAAUCAUAAUGAACAGUUCAUCUUCCAAUCUAAAAACUCAAUUUAUACCAUCAUAUAUAAUUUAUAGAGUAAAACAUCAAUCGGAUCAUAUUUCCCAAGUUCAAUCUGCAAAUCCAAUAAUGACGAAUUCGUUAGAUGCAGAAACCAUGACAACAUCAUGGAUAAGUUCAAUCGACGAUAAUAAUCAUGAAAGUGCUUCUUCGUCAUCGACUGAUAAAUAUGAAUUUGGGAAAUCAAACCAAAAACAGAAUCAUUCGAGUAGUGAAGGUUCAAUAUUUUCUGAUUCGGAUGUUCAACAAUCAGACGAUAUUAAUGGAUCAGCAUCGGUUAAUUUCGAACGAGCACCAACUUUUCUCAUACCAAAUUUGUAA